AUGGUAGCUGAUAGCGGGUACAGAGGCAAGAAUCCUGCCCUCAGAAUGUUCCGGGGACUCUUGAGUUCUGGCCAGGGGAUCAGUAUGGCUGCCGGCCCUCAGUUUGGUUUCUGGGCUGCAGUAUGUCAGUGUCUGCAAAAUAUGUGGGACCGGAGGCACUUGGGCUUGUUUCUGUUUCUCCUCUGGAUGCUGGUGAUCCUGAGCUAUUUUGUGAAUACUGAUUCUGUGUCUUUAAGUGAGAAAUUUCCAUGGCACAAUGGAACUUUAAAAGUUCGAUCCAACUGGGAAAUUCUGUUGAAAUUUUUCUUUCCAACAACAUGCAUUAUAAGGGAGAAUCAGGAGGUAAUGACUUGUAAUAAGCAAUCAUAUCUCAGCAAGACUGAAUGUUUAAAAUCCAAGUGCUGUUUUUCAUCAUCUGGGACCAAAAUGAGGUGCUAUGCCCCACUAAGAGAUAAGCCUACACAGAUGCUCCGGGUGUUUGGGUUCUCUGUGAUCAUCAUGAUAAUCCUGGGAUUUCUUCCUAUGUAUUUCUGUUCUCUUUGCCGGAGAAGGUAA